AGACGAUAGGCAUAAACAAUGGCGGGCCCCGAGCACUCCCAGCAGCAGCAGGUAGAGGAGAAAGCUGAGCAAAUAGACGAUGCUGAGCUCGCUCUUCAAGGUAUCAACAUGCUUCUCAACAACGGAUUCAAGGAGAGCGACGAGCUUUUCAGAAAAUACAGGUAAUAUAUUUUCAUAAAACAGAGCCUAUUAUAUGAUCAUAUGUAGGUGCAUCAUAUUGCUUUACCAAUCUAAUCAUGACAGAUAACCUUGAGUCAUUAUUCAAUAUUCACAUGGAAGUUUAUGCAAAUGUACCCCCCCCCCCCCAACAAAUUGAAGGUUGGACAGAAAUAUUGAUAUAACAAAAGAGCUCAGCAUAUUUCCUUAGAGAUCGUACCCAUCAGAGCCAUACAGGCUAUUUAUAUUAUAGGCCUAUACAAGGCUUUGGUACCAUUAAAGUAUUACAAUCUCAGUGGCCAAUUGCAUUAGUAAUUCCCCAAACACACUGUCCAACUAAAGUCCAAAACACAAAGACCAUUUGUUCUCUUUGGUAGAACACACUGGUGCCAAACAUGGUUAGGCAUAGUUUUCUUUUAAAUUAUUAGCCUGUUUGCACCUGUGACUAUGAUUAUUUAUUAUUCACUCUUAAAGCAGCAGGUAAAUGCUAAUGAGUUGGUGUAAAAUACUGUAAUGAAACAGGCAGGGAGUGUACAAUAUAGGCUAAUGAAAGUCUACAUUUAAAUCUGGCCUUGUCUCUUCAAACUAUCCCCCUUCAUAGCCCCCCCCCCCCCCCCCCCCCCCAAACAUUAAAUAGUAGGCUAUGCACUACAGCUUGGCCCUGACAUUCCAAACAACAGUUGAAGGGGUAAUGGUGACUGAGAAAUGGAAGGAUAGUGCACUGCACUCACAGCAAUCCAGUGCCAACAGGAGAAACUGCCACUUACUGUGCUAAUUUUAGCUCCCUGGUUAAUCAAGCCUUUCUCCCUCCAUGAGUCGCUGAUGAUGCUGAAACACAGAGGAAAGGACUGAAUGUCCCUUUCUGUAAAGUACUAUGUGGGAAAACAUAUCUGGUUCUAAUAGUGACUAAGAUGUUCAUGGUUAUUUUUAUAACAAUUUGAUGAAUGAUUUUUGAUCAUCAAUUAUGAUCUUGUUUACCUUUAGUUAGUUAUCCUUAGUAACAUACCUUUUCCUCUUAGUCAAUACUCAACACUCACUGGCUACUAUUUCCCCUGCUUUCUUGAAUUAUGUUUGGUAUUAGGCAGAAGUAACUGUCUCUAUCGCUCUCUCACUUUGUAAGUAUUAUAUUAUUUUAGUCAUCUUCGCCAUACUUUCCAUCCUUAAUGUGUCUAUCGCUCCCUUCCAUUAACUCUAUGUUGUCCUCUCCCUUCAGGACUCACAGUCCACUGAUGAGCUUUGGGGCCAGUUUUGUCAGCUUCCUGGUGAGUUUCCUCAAACUGCAUCUUGGCUGCAGGACAGAUGUGUUGCCAUGACCCCUUGGUUGCCAUGACCCCUUGGUUGUUUCCCUGGUGAUGGAUCACAUCCUACCUCUACUGACAUUUUCUCUCAUGACAUCACCACAAGCAUGCAAGCUAAGAGAAACAGGGCAAAUGAAAUGAAUCAUCCUAACAAUGUUAGUGUGUGACAUUACACCAUACAGUGCAUUGAGUGAGUUAGAUGUGUCAAGACCACUAUUGUCCAUUUCCCCUCAUUUUAGCCAUUACGAUAAUGGAUGCAUCUUCAGCUCAUCAAAAUAAUUUUGCUGUGGAGACUAUCACUCUUUCUGAAGUGAUGUGUUUGUCGCCCUAUUGGUCAGUCGGGAGAAAGAGAGAAGGAGACAGAGAUUUUCCGCAACAUGGUCACAAAACAUUCCCCUGUCACUGCCCCUCAUGUCAGAGUUGGAGCACCAUGAAGCGAGAGAUGACGUCAUUCUCCUCUGCCCUCCAAUGCAAAAAACGCCUGGAAGGAUAAUGCAUCAGUAAAGGACCACUGAUGCAUAGAGGGCCUCAUAGUUGCACUAAUGAAAAAGCAUUUAAAGAAUCUGAAAAGCAAACCACAUAUUUACAAGGAUGGAGGCAUACAUUGCAUUCUGUAUGUAUCUACUAAUCAGUAGAUUUAUUUCAUGACUUCCUCUCUGUGAUUCUGGAAACGUUCCAGUUACAUAUUAAAGUAAAUGUUGUUCUCUGACUGACAGUGUGAUAAAAGGCAACUGAACAAAGAUAUUAUUGACGAAACAGUGUGGCUCUCACACGUAACACACAGAUACAAUCCUGAUGUCACCGUGUAACACACAGAUACACACAAUAGGGUCCCGAAGUUCAAAUUUCAAGUUUUGUCAUAUGCACAAGUACAGUGAAAUGCCUUUCUUGCAAGCUCUUUCCCAACAAUGCAGUAAUCAAUAUCAGUAGUACUAUAAAAUAAAGUAGAACAAAAACACAUGAGAAAUUGAAAUAAGUAGAACAUGAGAAAGUAAGUAAGCUAUAUACAGGAUUAGUUCCAGGGUCCGUGCCAAUGUCACUGUGUUCCAUGUGCUGUGGCCUAGAAAGGGCUUUUUGUACUGAGCCUGCUUUGUGAAACCAUUGUGUAACCCCUGUCUUAUAACCCUCCUUCAGUCCGAUUACAACACACUUGUUGCCAAUACACCCCAAUGAAAACUACAUCUGGUCCUAUUAUUAAGUAAACCUGGUCCUUAUUGUUUUAAUUCAUUGCAUGAGUGUUUUCACUGUGCCAGUGUUAGCUGAAAAGCUCAAAUGUGUUUGUUGUUGUGUGCGUGUGAUGUUGCAGAAUGCCAUGAUGACCUUUGAGGAGGAGAAGAUGCAGACGGCGUGUGACGACCUGAGGACCACGGAGAAGCUGUGUGAGAGUGACAACGCUGGCGUCAUAGAGACAAUCAGGAACAAAAUCAAGAAGAGCGUGAGUGGACGACUGAUUACAGACAGAUAGGCAGGGCAGGCAGGCAGGCAGACAGACAGAGAUGUUUUAUUUACAUGGAGCAUUUAUGUUUAGGAUAUCCCAACAUUGGUCAUGUAGCAUGCAUAUCAGUAUCAGUAAUCAAAGCCAAGAUGGAAACAAUAUAUCUUUGUUAACAAUCUUCUAUAUUGAGCUUGAUAUUGGCAACUAUGAUAUCAUAUCAAACCCACACUAAAUAUAAUUAGUGUAACUCUCUGAAAUAGAAUGAAGGAAUAGAAUGGAGACCUGUUUAUGAUCAACACAGGGGGCUUCUUCAUUACAUAGCUAGACUGGCUGAGGGUUUAGUUGAGAGUUGAUCAGAGAAUGACCAGACUGCUGUGUGUUUCUGUCUGUCAGUUGGAGUCCCAGAGGUCAGGGGUCGUGGUUGUGGACCGCCUGCAGCGACAGAUCAUUGUGGCCGACUGCCAGGUCUACCUCGCUGUGCUCUCCUUCGUCAAGCAGGAGCUCUCAUGUAAUGUAUCAUUUGUUGAAUCCACAAUAAUUCAAUAACAACGAUAAUGCAAUAUGAUUAAUACCAGUCUACUGAUUUUGGGGAACAUCUGCAAGUAAAAUAGGAUUCAUGAGAGUUAACUGGAUUUGAUUCUCCAUCUCUACUGGACUGCCUCUUACAGUAUAUUUUCCUCAACAGCUUACAUCAAAGGAGGCUGGAUACUCCGUAAGGCCUGGAAGAUGUACAAUAAGUGCCACAGUGACAUCAGUCAGUUGCAGCAGACCUGUGUGAGGCGCUUUUCCUCCCAUGAGGAGGACAUGUCCUCAGACCAGGCCAAUCACAACGUCCCAGUGGAGGGCGCUGUGACUGCAGAGGCCCUGGACCGGCUCAAGGGCUCCGUCAGCUUCGGCUACGGCCUCUUUCACCUCUGCAUCUCCAUGGUACCACCGCACCUACUCAAGAUCAUCAAUCUGCUGGGGUUCCCUGGCGACCGUCUCCAGGGUUUGUCCUCCCUCAUGUAUGCCAGUGAGAGUAAGGACAUGAAGGCCCCGCUAGCUACGUGAGUAGGAGUAUUACAUCACUUCUUAGAGGACGAGAGAGCGGAGAGAGAGAGAGAGAGACUUACUACACUAAACAAAAAUAUAAACCCAACAACAAUUUCAAAGGUUUUACUGAGUUACAGUUCAUAUAAGGAAAUCAGCCAAUUGAAAUACAUUAAUUAGGCCCUAAUCUAUGGAUUUCACAUGACUGGGAAUACAGAUAUGCAUCUGUUGGUCACAGAUACCUUUAAAGAAAAGGUAGGGGCAUGGAUCAGUAAACCAGUCAGUAUCUCGUGUGAGCACCAUUUGCCUCAUCCAGCGCGACACAUCUCCUUCGCAUAGAGUUGAUCAGGUUGUUGAUUGUGGCCUGUGGAAUGUUGUCCCAGUCCUCUUCAAUGGCUGUGCUAAGUUGAUGGAUAUUGGCGGGAACUGGAACACGCUGUCGUACACGUCGAUCCAGAGCAUCCCAAACAUGCUCAAUGGGUGACAUUUUCUGGUGAGUAUGCAGGCCAUGGAAGAACUGGGACAUUUUCAGCGACAUGGGGCCGUGCAUUAUCAUGCUGUUACAUGAGGUGAUGGCGGCGGAUGAAUGGCACGACAAUGGGCCUCAGGAUCUCAUCACGGUAUCUCUGUGCAUUCAAAUUGCCAUAGAUAAAAUGCAAUUGUGUUUUUUGUCCGUUGUUUAUGCCUGCCCAUACCAUAACCCAGCCACCACCAUGGGGCACUCUGUUCACAACAUUGACAUCAGCAAACCGCUCGCCCACACGACGCCAUAGAUGCUGUCUGCCAUCUGCUCGGUACAGUUGAAACCGGGUUUCAUCCGUGAAGAGCACACUUCUCCAGCGUACCAGUGGCCAUCGAAGGUGAGCAUUUGCCCACUGAAGUCGGUUACGACGACAAACUGCAGUCAGGUCAAGACUCUGGUGAGGACGACGAGCACGCAGAUGAGCUUCCAUGAGACAGUUUCUGACAGUUUGUGCAGAAGUUCUUUGGUUGUGCAAACCCACAGUUUCAUCAGCUGUCCGGGUGGCUGGUCUCAGACGAUCGAGCAGGUGAGAAAGCCGGAUGUGGAGGUCCUGGGCUGGCGUGUUUACACGUGGUCUGCGGUUGUGAGGCCUGCAUAGUGUUCACCUGUGUAGUAAUCAUGCUGUUUAAUCAGCUUAUUGAUAUGCCACACCUGUCAGGUGGAUGGAUUAUCUUGGCAAAGAAGAAAUGCUCACUAACAGGGAUGUAAAUAAAUGUGUGCACAAAAUUUGAGAUAAAUAAUAUUUUUGUGCGUAUGGAAAAUUUCUGGGAUCUUUUAUAUCAGCUCAUGAAACAUGGGACCAACACUUUACAUGUUGUGUUUAUAUUUUUGUUCAGUGUAGUAACUGAAGGGAAUUACAUUCAAGCAAAGGGAGAAGGAAAGUGAUUAUGUUCAUAUUGUUCAGGUCACUGUCAGAGUUCUUUUUACUGCUUGAAUGAGCUGAUAUAUGUACAGUGCCUUCAGAAAGUAUUCAUACCCCUUGACUUAUUCCACAUUUUGUUGUGUUACUUUUUUUUCAUCUUUCUCACCCAUCUACACACAAUACCCCAUAAUGACAAAGUGAAAACAUGUUUUUAGACAUUAUUGCAAAUUUAUUGAAAAUUAAAUACAGAAAUAUCGAAUUUACAUAAGUAUUCACACCCCUGGGUCAAUACUUUGUAGAAGCUCCUUUCUCUAAGAAUCUCUAAGAGCUUUUGUCUCUAAGAGCUUUGCACACCUGGAUUGUACAAUAUUUGCCCAUUAUUCUUUAAAACAAUUCUUCAAACUCUGUCAAGUUAAUUGUUGAUCAUUGCUUGACCGCCAUUUUCAAGUCUUGCCAUAGAUUUUCAAGCCGAUUUUAAGUGAAAACUGUAACUACUGUAGGCCAUUCAGGAACAUUCAAUGUCCUCUUGGUAAGCAACUCCAGUGUAGAUUUGGCCUUGUGUUUUCAGUUAUUUUCCUGCUGAAAGGUGAAUUCGUCUCCCAGUGUCUGUUGGAAAGCAGACUGAACCAGGUUGUCCUCUAGGAUUUUGCCUGUGCUUAUAGCUGUAUUCUGUUUAUUUUUAUCCCAAAAAAAACUCCCUAGUCCUUGCCGUUGACAAGCAUACCCAUAACAUGAUAUAGCCACCACCAUGCUUGAAAUAUAAAGCGUGGUACUCAGUGAUGUGUUGUGAUGGAUUUGCCCCAAACAUAACGCUUUGUAUUCAGGACAAAAAGUUCAUUUAUUUGCCAAAUUUUUGCAGUAUUACUUAAGGAUGCAUGUUUUAGAUUAUUUUUUGUUCUGUACAGGAAUCCUUAUUUUCACUCUGUCAUUUAGGUGAGUAUUGUGGAGUAACUACAAUGUUGUUGAUCCAUCCUGUUUUCUCAUAUCACAACCAUUAAACUCUUUAACUUUUUUUAAAUCACCUUUGGCCUCAUGGUGAAGUCCUUGAGCGGUUUUCUUCCUCUCCGGCAACUGAGUUAGGAAGGAAGCCUGUAUCUUUGUAGUGACUGGGUGUACACCAUCCAAAGCCUAAUUAAUAACUUCACCAUGCUCAAAGGGAUAUUUUUUUCACAUCUACCAAUCGGUGCCCUUCUUUGCGAUGCAUUGAAAAACCUCCUUGGUCUUUGUGGUUGAAUCUGUGCUUGAAAUGGACUACUCGAUUGAGGGACCUUACAGAUAAUUGUAUGUGUAGGGUACAGAGAUGGGGUAGUCAUUAAAAAAUAAUCUUAACCACUAUUCAUGCAAUUUAUUAUGUGAUUUGUUAAGCACAUUUUUACUCCUGAACUUAUUUAGGCUUGCCAUAACAAAGGUGUUGAAUACUUAUUGACUCAAGACAUUUUAGCUUUUCAUUUCUUAUACAUUUCUAACAUUUUCUACAAACAAAAUUCCACUUUGACAUUAUGGGGUAUUGUGUGUAGAUCAGUGACACAAAAUCACAAUGUAAUCCAUUUUAAAUUCAGGCUGUAACACAACAAAAUGUGGAAAGUAAAGGGGGGGUGAAUACAUUCUGAAGGCACUGUAGAUAUGUCAUCAUUUGAAAGAAAAGCAGAGCACAGGUCUUGAUGUUGAUUUGAUUUGGGGUGAUGCGUUGUGUUACUCUGCAUGAUCAGCUUCUGCUGACGUGUUUCAGCUCAUCUCUUUCCCAGCUCUUGGCACAGUUCUUGUUCCUCCUGUUUCAUACAUGGCCAUCUGUUUUGUCAUAUCUCAUAGAGUAUCAUAAUGGCAUAUUAUAAUCAUAGUGUAUUUAUUUAGUGUAUAAUACAGGGAACCAGGGACAAGUGUUUGAUGUAAAUGUAAAAUUUGAAGUCAUAGAGAAUUGGGGACAUAUUGAGUACAGUUGCAUGCUGUCAGUGGCAGUUGAAUGGCGACUUAUAAUGACUAGUAGAUCUAAGAAUAGCAAUAAUCAUGCCCAAGCUUAAUGUCUAGUGGUGAAAAAGGGCCCUGAGACAGAAACUACCAUUUGCUAUUUAUGAAAUGUAGAUGGUGUUUUACCAAAUUACUGCAGUGGGGUUCAAUUUUGUUCUAUACGACAAAGCUCUAAUUUGACAAGAAAGUAAACCUGGUUGCAUGUUAACUAUCUUAACAAAGUCGAAUGUACUGUAAUCAAUAUUUAUUAAAAACAUCUUAAAUUGUCAUUCAAACAAAUCGUUUGCAUCUCUCUCUCCCCUGCCCAGAUUGGCCCUCCUGUGGUACCACACAGUAGUGCUGCCCUUCUUUGCUCUGGAUGGUUCUGACACUCAGGCAGGCCUGGAGGAAGCCAAGGCCAUUCUGCAGAGGAAGGCUGUGGUCUACCCCAAUUCCUCCCUCUUCAUGUUCUUUAAAGGACGGGUUCAGAGGUUAGAGGUGAGCAUGGGGUCAUCUGAAGGUUAAAUAACAGUAUGUUGCCGUUUAGUGUUGUACAGUACAGGACAGUAAGUUGUUGUAGCUCGUAAUUGUGUCAAGUGAUGAGUUGUGUGCUAUCUCUAUCUCAUCUAUCUCCAGUGCCAAAUUAACAAUGCUCUGGUGUCCUUCCAUGAUGCACUAGAGCUCGCAUCAGACCAAAGAGAGAUUCAGCACGUGUGUCUCUAUGAAAUCGGUACUUGUUUCCCUCACAUACAUGCAUGCCAACCUUGAAAUGAGCACCCAGACACUCAUCAUGUACUGUUUACAGUCACUGAGAGACAAAUCCCUCUGUUGUACCCAUUUGUCUUGUCUUGACUUCAGGCUGGUGCAGUAUGAUAGAGAUGAACUUUGAGGAUGCAUUCAGGUCGUUUGAGAGGCUGAAGAAUGAGUCCCGGUGGUCACAGUGUUACUAUGCCUACCUGACUGGAGGUGAGAGAGCCACUGCUCCAGGAACCUGUGGAGCAUUGAUCGGUCAUCAUCAUUAUUUAAUCUUCAUCUAAACAAAGUUCUCACACUCUAAACCCCCCUGUAAAGUAUGUCAGGGAGCUGCAGGGGACUUGGAUGGUGCCAAGUGUGUCUUCAAAGAUGUCCAGAAACUGUUCAAGAGAAAGAACAACCAGAUUGAGCAGUUUGCCCUCAAGCGGGUGGGUCAUUUUCAUCCAAAUGUAUUGAACAUAUCUUUAUCCACACUUUGUGAAACUAAUAACCAUGAACCCUCUCCCAUUCUCUGCCUUGGCCUCUCUGCCCCACCGUACUGCAGGCGGAGAGACUGAGGAAGAUGUCUCCCACCAGAGAGCUGUGCAUUCUGGGAGUCAUAGAGGUGCUGUACCUGUGGAAGGCUCUGCCCAACUGUUCUUCCUCCAAACUGCAGCUAAUGAAUCAGGGUAAGGGCUGGAGCUUUUCCCAACCUUCAUACAUCCUUUACAUGUCAUCAUAUCUAAACAGCAAUACAACAGGCGUAAGCUUUCUAUUACACUAUUUAAAAAAAUAUGAAAUUCUUAAAUGCUUCAUAGAGAGAAGACUGAAUCUCUUAGUCAAGGAGUUUCUUAUGACACAGUGGGGUGCUUACCACUGUACUAACACAUUGUGAAGUUUUUCACAAUUUCUGUGUUUAAGACAUCGUUCCCUCUCUUUGUAGUGUUACAGAGUGUGGAUGACGCAUCGUGCAGGGCUCUGAAAAACCUCCUUCUUGGUUCCAUCCACAAAUGCCAUGGAAAUAAUAAAGAUGCUAUCCAGGUAAUUAGAUCAUUUGUACCUGAGCACAUUAUUGUACUGUCAUUAUAUUAUCAUAUACCAGUACAAGCAAUUAAGCACUUAUUAGUUAUUCAUUAUCUAUGUAUUUGUGCUGAAUUAUUAUAUAAUUAGAUUUUCCUUUGGUCUUUCUCCUCCCAUCUAGUCAUUCCAGCUAGCAGCCAGAGAUGAGUUUGGUCGACAGACCAACUCUUAUGUGCAGCCAUAUUCCUGCUAUGAGCUUGGAUGUGUCCUGCUUGCCCAGCCAGAGGUGAGGAUAUCUCAACUCAGACAAUCUGUGCAUAUGUGUGUUUGUUGUCAACAUUUAAUUAAGGUAUUUAUCUCAAUAAACUAAUGAGAUGGUUUUUUUGCAUUGUGUUUCUAUCCAGACGGUGGGAAAAGGGAGAGCAUUUCUGCUUCAGGCAAAGGUACAGUUAUCAGAUUACAUGUAUAUGAAUAGUUAGGGAUUUCCUGUUUGAAUUUACUGGUACCAACAACCUGUCUUAACAGUCCAUUCUGAUUGUGAGCUCAUCAUUGUGUUCUCUGGUCUGCCACAGGAGGAUUAUGCAGGCUAUGACUUUGAGAACAGACUUCACGUGCGCAUCCACUCAGCCAUGGCCUCGCUGAAGGAAGUGGUACCUCAAAGACCCGCCGACCACUGAUGUAAUAAUAACUCAGCCUCCAGCUGUGCAAUCGAUGAUACGGGAAGCAUGGCUUUCAUUAUACAUUGAAAGUCAUUCAAAACCACAGUAUGACAGUCUAAUCAGACAAAAUAUUUUUUUUAUUUUCUUAUACACACAUCCAAAUAGAAUAAACCAACAAUUUCAUAGUCAAUACCAAUUUUCUUCUUAAUCUAGUGUAUUUGUUUUUUUUUUAUCUUGCAACCCUUCCUUCCAUUCUGUGGACCAUACAUAGGAUACAAGUAACUUCUUGAAGAGGCACACCUUAUUCCCAUUUCAGGUUUUCUUGACCAUAGGUAGUAAUAGUACAGUUAACAGUAGGUAACUUUGUCUUUUUGUUCUUGUCAUAUUCUUGGGAAGACACGUACAAGAGUUGUUAGUUUGAGUAUAACCCUAAAUCAAGUGGUCAAAUUGUAGUCUUACAAAGGUUCGAGAACGUAUUAGUUGUUGCUGCUGUAGUACCCUCUCAUUGACCAAUAUCCAUACAGUUAUCUUCUCUCCUCUGGUUUCUUAGAAAUGUGUCCUUUAUUAAAUAACUAAAUUUUGCUUGUCAUGCUGCCAACAAACAUUUUGAUCAAUAGAUAAUUUUUCUGUGAUGAGAAAGUGUUAGUGAAGUCACAAAGUGACAACAGCUCUAAAAAUGAUUGAACAAGAACUUUGUGGCCUGCUACCUUUUAGUAUUGUAUCACGCAGCGUGCCAUGGAAUGUGUACCAUACCAUGCAGUAAAAACUUUUCAUAUUGAAGUCCGGUACCUUGAAUCCAGAAUAGUAUGAAAUUGCUAUUACAUUUUUUCUGACAUUCACAUUAUAGCUUACAAGUAAAAUGUAUUGUGACAUUUUAGCACAAUACAAUGUCCAAACAAUGUUAUAGAUUAACAUUAUUUAUUUUUGUUUCUAAGCAGUGGGCAUUGAUCUGCACACUAUGCAUGGUAUUAGUGACCCAGGGACCUGAAAGCUUAUUUUCAAAAACGUUGUUUUCCUGAGAUACUUUGGAUAACAACACCCUUAUCAGGGCACAAAACACAUUUAUAUUCAUAUUUACUCUGGUUUUUAACUAAAUGCAACAAGGUCCUAUUAACUUCAGGCAUUGUAAUGACCACAGUAGGCUUUAAGUUAUUCAAACUGCACAUUAAAGUUUGAUAUUCUGUCAUUUUAGUAUGAUCAGGCUUUUCUAGCAUCAGGCCACACUGAUGAUGAGUGAACCAUUCAAGACACUCUAAAACAAGGUAUUGUAUCACUCUUUUUAUAAUCACUCUGAGGUAUGGUCACCAAGCAAUAAAAAGCAAAAAUAGUCUGCUCGUUUUACACUGGAAGUUUGAUUAGCUGUCACAUACUUGUGUCCCACUUUAAAACAAACAACAAAUUAUAAAGGCUUAACACAAGCACUACAUAGCACAAAUCAUUUAUUAGCAAAUUCAUACUACAUGAGGGUGAUAAACUCUCUUUAAUUCAAACUACAUGAAGGAUGAUAUAAACAAUCUUUAAAUCAUACUA